CACGGGUAUAUAAACCCUGGCAUAUCAUCAUCACCCACAGUGCUCUACACACCUUCAUACAACUUAAGCCAUCGUCUUCCUCCAAGCUUUCAAUCAUGAAGGUUGCUGCUGCUGUGCUGUGUGUGGUAGUGGCUGUGGCUGGUCUCCCCGCCCCUCAGUCAUCUUCAUCCACAGAGUGGCCCAUAAUUCCAUACGACUUCGGGUACGAGGUGUCUGACGCGGAGACGAACAACUACCAAAAUCGCGCUGAGAUCAAGCUGCCCAACGGUGAUGUCUUCGGCUCUUACUCUCUCUUGCGGCCUGAUAAUGUGAUUAUGACUGUCACCUACAACGUAACGGGAGACGAUGGCUUCCGUUAUUCCAUCGUCAAGACAGAUCUUGAUACUCCUGCAAGCUAGACGAUCCAGUGUUGUUGCGAAAGAAAGGGAGAGAAAAAGUCUGUGUGUGAGAGAGAGAGAAUCAUAUAGCAUUAUUAUCAUUGUUACUUUUUCAAAUUUGUAUAUUAUUCAAUAGUCAUGAAUCUCAGAUGACCUGAAUGUGGAAGAGUGUGUCCGCUUGUAUUCAUGGCGUGUGUACAGUAUGUGUGAGAGAGAGAGAGAGAGAAAAUAAUGAACCAUAAAAUAAUCUGUCUGUUCUGACUCUAGUCUUGUAACACUGUUGUUGACCUGUGUGACAGUACUGGCUGACUGUCACAAACACACACAUAAACCUUCACACUUACACUCACGUUAUGUUGUAUGUUCCUUUUGUCAGUUUACUCUGCUUCUUGUUAUUAUCAUGUACAAAUAAAUAAUAAACCUAAAACAUG